AUGAUCGACGAGUCGACCAUCCAGCAGAAUCCCAUCGGUCUGAGCGAUUACAGUCUGCAGCUGAACAGGUGGUUCCUGAAACCGAUAGGUGUCUGGCCAGUUUUGACCUCCAGAAACGAAAAAAUCGUUUCAUUAACACUAAACGUAAUUUGUUACUGCUCCAUUCUGGUCACCGUAGUUCCCUGUUUACUGCGUAUCUUCCUCGAGGACGAUGACCUUCUCGCGAAGCUGAAAAUGACGGGCGCCAUGAGCCACUGUUUCGCAGGCGGUCUUAACUACACCACGCUGCUUUUACGCAGGAAGGAGAUACAUUAUUGCAUUAAACAGAUUAACAGUGACUGGAGAACCGUGAAGAGACCCGAUGCGCAGCAGGUGAUGCUGAAGGACGCGAAAUUCGGCCGCAGCGUGGCGGCCUUCUGCGCCAUUUUCAUGCAGGGCGGCGUUUUCUGCUUCAGCGUCGCUACAGUGUUCACCAUGGAAAUUGUUCAAGUGGGAAACGAAACCAGAGCCGUGCACACAUUUCCGUGUCCAGCGUAUAGGAAGUUGAUACCGGUUGAUAAUAAUUUUUUAUGCGAAAUUUUUCUUGCGGUGCAAUUUCUGUGCGUUUUUAUUGUGAAUUCGACUAUCGUCGGAGCCUUCAGUCUGGCUAUAGUGUUCGCGUCUCACGUGUACGGGCAAUUGGAUAUCCUUAUGGUGUGGGUCACCGAGUAUGUGAAUAAAUCGGAGGAGAUGCAUAAGAAUCGGUGGAAUCAAAUUGGAGUGUUCGUGGAGAAUCAUGUGAAAAUACUGAGGUUUAUAGCGCAUAUUGAACAAGUGAUGAGUCCCAUUUGCCUGUCGGAGCUGUGCCAAUGUACGCUAAGCAUGUGCACUCUUUGUUAUUACAUUAUUAUGGAAUGGGAGGAGCAUGACGUUCAGAAUUUAACUUCUUACGCCAUGAUACUAGUUUCCGUCACUUUCAACGUUUUUAUAAUGUGUUAUAUCGGUGAAGUACUAAUGGAACAGUGCAACCGAGUUGCUGAUGUGGUUUACAUGACAAAUUGGUACUGUAUGCCUUAUAGAAGUAUCCUUGACCUAAUUCUAAUCAUUAGCAGAUCGAAUGUGGUGACUAAAAUCACUGCUGGAAAAGUAAUUUAUAUGUCCAUAUACACUUUCGGUGACGUGUUAAAGACAGCCUUCACGUAUUUAAACAUACUGCGGCAAACGACGUGA